GUUGCUGCAACUGCGCCUGCUGCACAGGCUGCAACGGAAACAUUUGCACCUGCAAGCUGUGCUUCUGCGCUCCUUUCUGCACCCCUGCAGGGCGUUCCAGUGCGUUUGCUUCGCCUGGUCCUGUCACCACCAUGAUGGCUGCCAGCGCGCCCCAGGCUGAAGUGCAGCCAGCUGUCAGCACGCUUUGCGGCAGCUUAACACCCACCCUGAAGGUCCGGUCUCAACGUCACUCAGGCAAGCGCCGGGCCCAUGCCCAGCGCAGCACGAGGAGCGCACGCCGGGCCACUGGUGCACGCUUGAUGUCGAAGCCCACCGUGGUGCCAACUGUCCGAUCUUUUGACAUCAGCAAG